GAAGUUACACUGGAUGAGUAACCCUCUGCAUCAUCAGGUCGCACGCUUGUGCCCCGUCAUGUUUCAUGAAAAAGAUGAUAUUAAAAUAGGGUUGCCACAGUUAAAUCAUCCAACUGGAAACAACCCACUUCUUAUAUAGGAGGUCUAUAUAUAUAUAUAUAUCUGGCUCUGACGUUAGCACACCGUAGAGGUGACAAUCAGGAAGAUACUAGAAUAACCUUUACUCACUCUCUUGUACUUUUUCAGCUGUGGUGGACUGAAGAGGAGGUCUGCAUUCAGUAAAGGGGGAGGGUUCAAGAGACGAAGGGGAGGAGGAGACAGGAACAAAAACAAGCCAGUGAAGCAGAGAGAGACAGAGAGAAGGGGAGUAGUGAUACAGAUGAUCACAGACUGCUGCUGUUUAAACAUGGAUCUAACUUUUCUUCAAACUCUGGAGAGAGAAAGAGUCCUGGAGGUUCUUCGGAGAGACAAACAGCUGCGUACCAUUGAAGAAGACAGGAUAAGGAGGAUGAAACAUGACCUCCAGGAGCUUCGGAGGAGAGGUGCGAAAAGUUUCUCAAGGCAGUACGGUGAGCGGACCUGCGCUCGCUGCCAGAGGCCUCUGGGAAAGCUCUGGAACUCAGGUGCAGUCUGCCACGGCUGCAGCCACCGCAUCUGCAGCAAGUGCCGCGUGGGCGUGGGAACGGCUGACUGGAAGUGCACGGUCUGCCACGCCUACAGAGAUGUGAAGUUCAGGUCUGGAGAGUGGUUCUUAGAAGAGAGGGCAAAGAAAUUUCCUUGCACCACAGACAAAUAUGAGGUGGUUGGAGACAAACUAUUAAAGACCUACAACGUGCUCAGUCAUAUAUCGGUAGUGCCUCCGACUCCUCCGCCCUACUUAUUAUCGGAUUAUGCAUUUCUGAGCAGACCUGGGGAUUUAAAAAACUCAAAACCUUUUACCAAAUCUAUGGAGGAUCUAAUGGUUUCCUUCACCAGUCAUAUUAAAAAGAUUUCCACUUCUCAGAACGAUGUGCGAGGAGACCUGCUGAGUGUUGACAAUCGGAAAGGUUCCUGCUCCACAUACAGCACCCAGAAGAGUCUCUCUGACACUGACAUCAACAAAUCUAGCAGGCUCUUUAAAGGCCCCAGUCUUCCAAACCUGUUCAAGAAAAGCAAAGACAGCGACCAGGAGGGGUCCUCCACCGGGGCGGAGGAAGAAACUUCCUGUGGUUCUGAGUACUCCGGAGGAAAGAGAGGCAGCACCUGCAGCAGCAUCAGCACAGACUGCGGCCUCUUCGAGGGCGUCGGAGUUGCAGGAGAGCUGGAGUUGGCUCUGUCCUACAACAGCGACUUCUCCUGUCUGGAGAUCACGGUCGGCUCCUGCAGAAAUCUCUCCCACGGAGACUCCAAGAAGAAGUGCCACCCGUACAUCAAACUCUGCAUGCUGCCUGGAAAGAGCAGCAAAAUGAAGACGACCGUCAAGAAAAACAUGACAAAUCCGGUUUAUAAUGAAGUAUUCAAGUUUCCCAUAGAGCGCCACCUGCUGCGUGGAAAGAGACUGCAGGCCUCUGUGUGGCAUUCAGGGACCCUGAGAAGGAAAGUGUUUCUCGGUGAGGCUCUCUUCCCGCUGGAUGGCUGGCGAUUUGAGGACAAGAACUCCCAGAGCUUCAACUGGUACCCACUUUGUCCCAAGGCUCAGAGUUCAGAUGGAGGCGCUGUGGAGCAAGACGGAGGAGAAGCGAUGCUCAGGGUCAAAUUCACCUCCGCCGAGCAGGGCGACCUCAUGCAGCUCAGCUCCUUUAAAAGUCGGCAAGAGAAAGACACACGUCGGCAGAUAAUAUAACAUGUGAUCAUAAUUUCAUCACAACAUAUCUGCAUAUCCACUUGAUUUAAGCCUUAAACCUUGAGAAAGGAUGAUACUGCAGUUGUCGGUUUUGCACAACCUUUUUUUAACUUGUUGAUAUAUUUAUUAAUUUAUUGUUCUUUUUUUAUUCCGUCCCUUUUUUUUCAAACCUCAGAUUGCAUUGUACAUAUUUUUGUAUCGUUUGUGAUAAUGGUCUUAAUAAAUUAACUUGAUUAAAGCUGA